AUGUUAGAAGAUUAUCUUGACAUAUGUAUUACUGAGAUUCAUGCUGGCAAGGAAACUGGCCUUGGAUGGGAUCCGGUGAAAAAGACAAUUGAUGCACCCGAUGAUUGGUGGGAAAAAAAAUUGCAGGAAGUUCCAGAAGCAACCAAGUUUCGCACGACAGGUUUGGCUUAUGCUACGAAGGUGGAGAUAUUGUUUAGAGAUAUAACUGCCACUGGGGAGGGAUCUUGGGCACCAUCCAUAGGGUUGGUUCCUAAUGAUAUUGGUUUCAUAGAUAGUGCAGAAGUAAUGCUUAAUGAAGAUGACAAUGUUGUAGAAGGUUUAGAUGUUUUGGAUGAUGAACCAAAUCUCAAUACACAUGGCAUUGAUGAUAUUCCUGCUGAUUUAGAUACGCGGGAUAAAGGAAAUAAGAAGUUUGGUCUUGCAGUUCAAUGUAAGAAAAGAAAGAAAGGAGUUGAAAUUGUUAGUCAACAUUUGAGUCGUAUUUGUGAUGUAAUAGAAAGUAAAAAUACAAUGACAUCUAAGAGCUACGAUAAGCCUGGAUGUAAUAUUGAAGAGGUCAUGGAUGUUGUUCGGGGGAUUGCUGAAAGAAAAAAUGACAUUGAUAUCCUUAAGUUUGCAACAGAGGUAUUUCUUAAGAGAUCACAUAGAGAGAUGUUUGUGACUAUUAAAGAGCCAUGGUUGCAGAUUGACUUUAUCAAGCGAAUGGGAAAUAGAGAAAUUAACCGUCGUAGCAUUGAUUAA